ACCCUAAUAACAGAAUUCUUGCUCAUGGGAUUCCCUGAUGAUCAGGUGCUACAGAGACUUUAUGCUGCAUUCUUCUCCCUGGUUUACCUGGCAGCACUGAUGGGGAACCUCCUCAUUAUCAUCCUCACCACCGUUGACCAGCAUCUACAAUCCCCCAUGUAUUUCUUCCUGAAAAAUUUGUCUUUGAUUGAUAUCUGUUACAUCUCUGUCACUGUCCCCAAAUCUGUCAUGAACUCUCUGACCAACAGCCAUUCCAUCUCCUUUGUGGGAUGUACCUCACAGGUUUUCCUUGUUGUUUUCUUUGCUGGCACGGAGUUUGCCCUCCUUCUGGUGAUGUCUUAUGAUCGCUAUGCAGCCAUCUGCUGUCCUCUGCACUAUGAGGCCAUCAUGAAUAGAGGUACCUGUGUGCAGAUGGUGAGAGCAUCAUGGUUCAGUGGGUGUUUCUAUGGAUCCAUUCAUGUAGCAGGCACAUUUUCUGUGCAUUUUUGUGGUUCCAACAUAGUGCAUCAAUUUUUCUGUGACAUUCCAUCAUUGCUCACACUUGUUUGUUCUCAGGAGCAAAUUCUAGAAUAUGUGUUUAUUAUUGUUAGUUUUGGUUUUGCUUUUGUGUAUUUUACUUUAAUGGUUGCUUCCUAUGCUAAUGUUGUGUCCACUGUCCUAAGAAUUCCUUCUUCACAAGGCAGGUUUAAAACCUUCUCCACCUGCAUGCCCCAUUUCACUGUGGUAACCUUGUUCCUCUCUUCUGGAUAUACAUCAUAUUUAGGUUUAAACUCAAAAUCCUCAUCAUCAUUGAACCUCUUUAUGUCUGUAUUAUAUUCUCUGUUACCUCCCAGCCUGAAUCCUGUCAUUUACAGCCUGAGAAAUAGGGACAUGAAAGCGGCCCUUGGAAAAAUUUUUGGUGAUAAAAUGACAACAAAUAUAUAA